UUAGCCAAUGAACUGUAUACAGUCCAGUGGUUAGAUAUAGCUAAUGUUAGCCAUAAUCUAAAUUUUUAGUAAAUCUAGCAAAUAUUCGCUAAUUUAGCGGGAAUUCAACUAAAACCGUGGCGUCGUUUAACAAAACAGUGCUGACAGCUAAUACAAUAUUUAGCCUUUAAGAAUUUCACAUGCUACAGCUAAGUUUGCAGGAUUUUCUUUAUAUACAUUAGAUAGCCUAGCAUAGCUGGAUUGUUAAGUAAGUAGCUAUGAUGAGCCAAUUUGACUUGCACAACACUGUAGGCAAAUAGAUGCAGUGUGUCUAUUCACUCAUCUAACGGCUGAGAUAAUGCUCUGGAGAAUUAGUGAUAGCUGCAGUACGUCACAUUUUCAAUCAGAACCUGACGAAUAAAGAAGUUUGUAACUAAUUUUCGGUGAAAUGUGUCUGUUGCUUGGAGCCACUGGUGUUGGAAAAACUCUGCUUUUGAAACGGCUACAGAAGCUCAGCUUGCGUGAUGCACCCACGGAUUUCGGCGAACCUCCGGCAACACUGCCCACUGUGGGCACCAAUCUGACAGACCUGACCCUGAGGAAGAGGAAGGUGACGGUGAGGGAGCUUGGGGGUUGUAUGGGGCCCAUCUGGCCCAGCUACUACACUGACUGCUCCUGUGUCAUUUUCAUGGUGGAUUCUGCAAACAUCCACCAGGUGGCGUCGUCCUGCAUCCAGCUGCUGUCUGUCCUGUCCGCAGAGCCGCUCCGCUCUGCCUCCGUCCUUGUGCUCUUCAACAAAACGGACUUACCCUGCUCCAUGGGACUCAUGGAAAUGAAGUCACUCUUCAGAAUGGAUGACAUCAUCGCUUCAGCCUCCCAGCCAAUCACUGUACUUGAGCUGAGUGCACGCUCUGGGCAGGGCCUUCUGGACGUGCUGCACUGGCUGGAUUCCACCCUUAAAGAAUGACAUCACCGCUCUUCAUUCAAGAAGUGCCAUCACCCAGUAGUGACAUCACUGUUCUUCCUGUCAGGAUAUGGCAUCAUCCUUCCAGCAUAGAGUGACACCGCCCCUUCCUUCUGCCAGAAAGAGUUGUUUUUUCAUGUUCUGUACAGAAAGGCAAGUCACAGCAAGGCCAUGCAACACCAAAACCCCUUGCUGCACCCAGAUUAUUGACAAGCUGACAUGGUACUGACCUUCAAAAACCCGAAUGACUUCCUAUGAGUCUAUGGGAUAGGAAACAUGAAUUCUCCUCCUGGCUUUGUUCUGUGAUCCUGUGCUACGCUUCACUUCCAGACCCUGAGCAAGACUACCAUAGACAUGUAUAUAUAUAACAAAACUGGAAAACACACCCUCAGCCAACCUAUGCUGUGAAGCAGCUGGAAGUGAGCCUGUACUGUGCAUACUUCUACUGUGUCUGCAAAACAGUAGAGCUGCCCAAUGAGCAAUAUCAGGCUUUUGAAGGCUAAACAAAAUGUCCCUGAUAGUAUUUUGAAGCUUGAUUUACCAUUUUUUUAUGGACACAAAUCGUGGAUUAAAAUAUGAGGUUUUUA